UCCUUGAAAGUGAGUCUGUAGGUUCUGGAAUCAGCUCAGAGUAGUCAUGAUUGAUCCACACUGGUUCAGGAGCCUGAUGGCCGUAGGUUAAUAAACAUUCAGUGGUGUCGGAUUUAAGGCUCCUCGACCUCCUGCCCGAUGGUAGUAGCAAGAACAGGACAUUGUCUGGAUGGCAGGGGUCCCUGGUGACAGAUGCUCCUCUGGAUGAUGGAUGCUGUGGUAUGACAACAAAACCUCUCGUGAAUUUCUACAGAUGAACCAUGGGGAGCAUUCGAACCGGCUGCACCACCCUCUGGUAUGGGGUGGGGUGGGCCUACUGCAUAGGAUCGAAGUAAGCUGCAGAGGGUUGUAAAAUUAGUCAGCUCCAUCAUCGGCACUAGCCUCCGUAGUGUCUAGCUCAUCUUCAAGAAGCGGUGUUUCAGAAAGGCGGCAUCCAUCAUUAAGGACACCCAUCACCCAGGACAUGCCCUCUUCGCGUUGCUGCCAUCAGGAAGGAGGUUUUUGGAGCCGGCCGGAUUCGAACUCGGGAGCCUUCGCUCCAAAGUCAGCUCAAUGAGAUAUAUCUAAUGGAACUGCCUGAUCAGAAAGCUGCAACAAUUGCUGAGCAUCUAUUGAACUGUCUCAAUAACCAGGGGUUUGAUGACUCUUACUUGAAACAGAACCUUGUAGCAUUUGCUAGCGAUGGGAUUGGAAAUUGCAGUAGGUGAUUCGGUGAGAGAAGCUCAUGGAAUAAAUCAUUUUCAAUCAUUUAUGGACAAAUUGUACUCUGCUUACAGUAGAUCACCUCGAAAUCAAAAGGAACUGUCUGAAUGUGCCUCUCAAAUAGAACAACAAAUUUGCAAAAUAGGGCUGCGUCCUGGUCACCAGGUGGGGAGCUAGCUUGUUUCGAACAUUUUCAGCAGUGUGGCAAAAUUAUGAAGCACUGUGUUUUAAUUUUGAAAAAGCAAUGAAGGGUGAAACCAGAUCUGGGAGUGACUGGAAAACCUAUGAAGGUCUGUUCAACAGACACUCUUCAGAACAGUUUCUAUUGGACUGAGCUCUAAUGUAUGACACCUUUCAUGAACUUGAUUUACUGUCAGACAGUUUACAGAAACGCACUACUACUACUACUACAAUACACUACUACAAAUGCAGACAAACUGAUCCAACGGAGCAUAAGAUUGAAAGAGCAACCUGGUACAAAAACUCUAGAAGCUCAAGAGGCAGUUGAAAGAAGAAGUUUGGAAAAAUUACCUUAACAAGCAACAACAAAAUUGUCUCCGUUAAUUAUCUACAGUUCCUUACUCGUCUUAUAAACAAUUUGCAGCACCGUGUGCUCACGACAACAUCCUUGAAAGGUUCUCAAACUUCUAAACCCCAAAGUAUGUAUAAAUCCCUGCUAAAUGAAAUGUGUGUCCUUGAUAAAGAUAACUGGUCUGCUGAAAUACCGCCUAAUUAUGGAGAAGCUGCAAUAUCAUCUCUCUGUUAGAGGUUUAAGCUUUCUUCCUCCUCUGUAAUAAAUCCUUCAGAGAUUAUAUGGAGGAUCAUGGACACCACAUCCCCCAGGAUUUACGCCCAUUACUGAGCUGUUCAUAAGUUAUUCCUACUUGUACUCCUGAGUGUGAGAGAGGAUUCAGUCACAUGAACUUGUUAAUAACAGCAACAUGCUCAAGAAUUCUCAUUAAUCAUGUAGCAGCACUUCUGUUUGUUAAAGUACAUGGACCUCUUGUAGUUCAGUGGAAUCCUGAGCUGUAUGUCACAUCAUGGCUGUGGUACCACAGAUCAGCAAGUGACAUCAGGACAAGAGUUGCUUCAGACCCCCAAACACAUAUUACACCUGAUUCUUUGUGGAAAUUAUUGUGAAAAUUCUCAUUGGUGGCAUUUGGCACCCACAGAAAAACCAAGAAAUAGAGUGGAAUCCAUGAAAAAGCAAAGACUGAAAAACAUCCAAUGUGCAAAAGAAGACAAAUCAUGCAAAUAAUUAAAAAGUGAACAAAUGAUACAGAGAACAUGAGUUGCAGAGUUCCCAAAGUGUACUGCUGCCACAUGAGAGCUUUCAUGAUAUAUGCCAGUCACAUGAAACCUGAUUCCUCCCUGUGACUGCGAGGGAUUUCUCCAGGUGUUCCGGUUUCCUCCCACAGUCCAAAUACAUACCAGGUAGGUUAACUGGUCAUUGUAAAUUGUCCCACGACUAGGUUAGGUCCAGCAGCUUCUCACACAGGAACAUAAGAGGUUGCAGAGGAUUGUGAACACAGUUCUCCCAACCAUUGAGAACAUCUGUAGGAAGUGCUGCCUCAAAAAUCAAAGAUUCAGGUGUUGAAAUCAGUGCUCAUCGAGAUCCGAACCAGGUCAUGCCCUCUUCUUGCUGCUACCAUCAGGCAGGAUGUACAGAAGCCCAAAGUCCCCCACCACGAGGUUUGGAACGUCAACAUUCCUACAACCAUCAGGAUCCAGAACUUACCUCCACAACCCUAACAGCAACUCAGCAAUGAAGCAAUGUGAAGCACCUCUUACACUAUAAUGGACUAUUUCUUUUACACUAAUACCUUGCUUUUGCACAGCUUUCUCUUCACUCUUGCAUAAUAUAUGUAUAGUUUAUCUUUUGUAUAUUAUCUGAACAUACAAAACAUUAUAUAUAAUUUCUCCCUGGGGUGCAGCAGCAAAGAAGUUUUUACAUUGUACCCUGUAACUCACUUUACCAGUGCAUGUGGCAAUAAACAUGACUUGACUUGCCUUGGUUCUGAUUGCAAAUGAACACUCAGCUUUAAUCAUGGCUCACACCACAUUCACAAUGGAAAGAUACAAUUACACUAUAAGGCUAUCAUUGAACCGAAGAGGAAACUUGCGCAGCCUAACGAAGGCACUGAUCUAAUAUUGGACAAAGUGAAUACACAUUUAGAAAAUUGUGGAGUAAUUAAGAAAGGUUGGUGUGGGGAAAUAAUUGAAGGAAAAGCAGGGAAUGUCAUGCAUUUUAUGGCUAAAGAAGUUUCCAAGGUGGUAUAAAGACAUCUUGCAGGUAUACUAAGAAUUUACAAGAGUAAGAAGUUCAUAACGGACUACAUCUGGGUUGCAAUCACAUCCAUUUGACACCACGUUCCAGAAGACACAGAAAGAGAUCGUCUGUAAGAACUCCUAUAGCCCACAUCAGGCCAGAACACCGAAAAGGAAAAACUGAGGCAAAGCAGAUCACAACCCGUUCUGAAGAGACAGAAAACUCCAGGUAGGGCACAGAGUUUCAGAAUAAGGGGGUCAUCCAUUGAAAGCCAGGAUGAACAGAAAACCUUUGGAAUUCUAUGCCCAGACAGCAGUUCAUUUAUUUUUAUUAAUAGGUACAGCACAGUAACCAACACUUCUAGUCCAAUUAAACCCACGUGACAAAAUAACCUACUAACCCCGUAUGUGUUUGGGAUGUGGGGGAAAAACCAGACCUGCUGGAGGAAACUCACACGGUCAUGGGGAGAACAUACAAACUCCUUACAGAUGGUGAUGGACUUGAACCAGGGUCGCUGGCGCUGUUAUAGUAUUACACUAAUCUCGAUGUUAUGUGCCAAAAACUGGGGUCUUCCUUGGUUGCACUGGACAACCUUGAUGUCUUCUGUGCCUUGUCAUGCCCGUCACUCUCCACAGAGCAUUGCGGUACCACUUUCUUGGUCUUUGGAUCUCACUGUAGUCCACUAGAGCUGACAUCAAAUGCUAGGACAGGCACAUCCCUAUCUCACUGGGAUAUUAGACUACCAGGUACCCUCACUUGGUUUAGCCCACCUGUCAAAGCUGUCGCAUGCAACCAGUUACUUGAAGCCACAGGUGAGAUCUGAGUGUCCAGUGGGGACUUAAUGUGAGUGACCUGGCCCAGAAUGGACGCCAGAGGGUCUUGGACACCCCUUACACCUCAGUUUAAAGAGUGCUCAGCGCGUAAAUUUCAACUAUGAUCCGAAUCAGGUAAUGUUAUGCAGGUCACAUGUUUUACCUUAUAGAAUUCUCCUUGCAAAUUUGAACAAUCCUAGCACAGUCGAUUUGGAAAGUACUGUAUUAUGCCACAUCACCAUCUUAUAUUCUUAAAGAGGCAAAAGGCAAAUUUAAGACCAAAAUAUAUAGGAGCAGAAUUAGGCUAUUUGGGCCAUUGAGUCUGCUCCACCAUUUAAUCACGUCCGAUUUAUUUUCCUUCUCAACUCUGAUAUACUGCCUUUCCCCAUAACCUUCGACACCCUUACUAACCAAUAGCCCAUCAACCUCUGCUUUAAAUAUACCCUAACAUGGCCUCCACAGCAGUCUGAAGCAAUCAAUUCCCCAGAUUCACCAAGAGCUCAUUCUCGACAAGAAAUGUCAUGGAUCCAGAGAUUUGAGCAUACAACACAGAUCAAAAAUCCCAGAUCAGAAGUUCAGGAUUGGUGAAUAUACGGUCUGUCUGAUGGGAUGGGAAACAGAGGUUACGUCCACUCUCUGAGGUGGACGUUUGGGUUAUCCUCAGUGCCCUGGUCAACUAUUCAUCAUAAUUGGCAUCAUCAUCACUGAACCAGAUGGUCUGCCAAUUUAGCUUACCAUAAUUUAUACAAAUGAUCUGUUGCAGGAACUCAUAGGGUCAAGCAGCAUCUGUUGAGCUCAAAGAAUCAUCAGCGUUUCAGGUCAAAAUUCUGGUUAGACCACACUUGGAAUAAAUAGUGUUCAGUUCUGAUCUCCUCAUUAUAGGAAGGAUCUGGAGGGGGUGCAGAGGAGAUUUACCAGGAUGCUGACUGGAUCAGAGAGCGUGUUUUAUGAGGAUCGGUUGAGUGAGCAAGAGCUUUUCUCUUUGGAAUGAAGGGGAAUGAGGUAACUUGAUAGAGGUGUACAAGAUAAUAAGAGGCAUAAAAGUGGAUAGCCAGAGACUUUUUCCCAGGGUGGACACAGGGCAUAAUUUUGAUAUGGUUGGAGGAAAGUAUAGAGAGGAUGUCAGAAGUAAGUCUCUUACACAGAGAGUGGUGAGUGCAUGGGACGUCCGGUCAGAAGUGGUGGGAGAGGCAGAUACACUAGGGACAUUUAAGGAACUCUUAGACACAUGUAUGAUAGAAAAAUGGAGGACUAUGUAGGAGGGAAGGGUUAGAGUGAUCAGUUAUUAAAAAGCCAGUUUCCCUGAAGCAACCUUCAGGGGAUGAAGGGCCUAUACUGAGCUGUAAGUUUCUAUGUUCUAUACGCACUGAGUGUAUGUUCCUGGUGCUUUCCUGUCAGCUGGAACCAGUCUGGCCAUUCUCCUCUGACUUCUGUCGUUAACAAAGUUACCCACAGAACUACCGCUCAAUGGAAUUUGUUUUUGAUUUUCGCACCUUUCCCUGUAAACUCUAGGGGGGGGGGGGGGGUUCCCAACAUUUUUUAUGCCAUGGAUCCGCUGCCAUUAACUGAGGUGUCCAUGGACCCCAUAUUGGGAACCCCUGCUGUAGAGACAUUAAAAAUCCAAUAGAUCAGCAAUUACUGAGAUCUCAAACCACCCAUCUGGCACAAAUAAUCAUUCCGUGGUCAAAGCUACUAAGAUCACAUUUCUUCUCCAUUCUGAUGUUUGAUCUGAACAAGAACUGAAUCUCUUGAACUGUCUGCAUGUUUUUAUGCAUUGAGUUGCUGCCACAUGAUUGGCUGAUUAGGUAUUUGCAUUAACUAGGUGCACAGGUUUACCUAAUAAAGUGGCCACUGAUUGCAGAACCCUACAGUCCUGAUGCAGGGUUCCAAAGCAAAAUGCUGCCAAUUACUUUCCUCCUACAGAUGCUGUUCGCCCAAAUUCUCCAGGAGAUUGCUAGUUACUCCAGAUUCCAGCAUCGGCAGUUGCUGUGUUUACCAUGAAGUGGGGAGGACAGGAGGAAUAGAACUGAGGACCACCUGGCUCAUUUCCCCUCCACUUUACCUCCCCAGCUCCAGACCUUAUCCAUGGGAUAAGACCGUCAAGCUUUAUGAAGAUGUCAAACUGACAUCUAUUGACUCAGCAGUUUAGAGAAAAUGAACUCCUAAGAGUACGGGGCAAAAUUUUCCACACGGACAGAAUCAUCAGUGCCAAAUGUCCAGAAGAACACACAUCCAACUGGUCAUCAAGAUGGAUUGUCCCCAGAAGGAAUGAAAUUGCCGCUGCCAGCCUGAGUUCAGCACACUGAUUUGCCAAAUGGACUUUGAAGAAGUCUUAGUGUUCUCACAUCAAUCUUCGGUUGGUUAUUAAUUUUUAUUUGUGCCAAGUAAACAGCAUGUCAGCAAUGAAAAAGACAAAAAGCUCAGGUAUUUUUUUCCAGUUACGAUCCCCAACCAAUGUGACACAAGUGAUCAUAAUUGCAACACCUCAGAAGAGCAGCAAUGUGAAUAUUCCCCUUUGUCAGGAGUUCCAAGGAAUAAUGUAUAGUAAUUGUACAUUUUUCAUCAUUUGUGGCUUCGCGGUUGUUCCUGGUUAAAAGAGCUGACCUACAAGGGGAAAGGCAGUUUCAUGAUGUAGUUCAGAUUUAAACGUACAUCAAACCAUACAUGAAAUGCGUUGUUUGUGUUAACAACCAACACAUCCAACGGAUGUGCUGGGAGCAGCAUGCAAGUGUCAACACACCUUCCGGCACCAACAUGGAAUGCACGAAAUGCUAUGCAAAACAACACAGAACAUAACAAAACAAAAAAGAAAUUAACAAAACAAGCCCCAUUUCUUCGUCCCUCCCAAAUCCCGCCACACUACACACACAGUCUUCCAAAUGUAGGACAGGCUUCCAGUCUCCGGGCAUUGACUUCUGGACUUGUGAUCAGCCUUUGGGCUUUGGCCUUUAGUGUCCACCCCCAGACAAGCCAAUGACAGGACACCAAACUUCAGGCUCGAACUCUGGACUGGCCACGUGCCUCUUGCUCCCUCAGAUAUCCGAUCCCGGGAGCCAAAAACUGGGACAUCCCAACACUACAGAUAUCCUUCGACACCCACAUACGUUGCUAGACUUUAAACGUGGAGCGGAGGCAUGACCUCCAAGUCCUCCGCAUCUCUGUCCCUAUCUGACCUUUAAACACCCCUUUCUGUCCCUGAACUUUGUAAUCAUAAAUAAAGUCAGCUACCAAGAUAAAAAGGAGAAACAGCUCCUGUAAUUCAAUAUUAUUGAAUGAGAAGUCAGUAAACAGAAAAUUUGCAUUUAUUAUUAGUGGCAGAUUUCUAGUUAGAAAGUAACAGUAAUCAAUGUUACCAACCACACAUUAUUAUUCCUAGAAACUUAAUCCCUACAGUCAACCACAUGUAAAGGGGGUUUCUUCUUUUUUCUUUGUUACUGUUGGGAAAGGGUUUCUUUUUGUUAACUAGCAGGAAUGCUAAUUUACUGAUAACGAGAAUGGUAUUCCUUUGUAAACCAAAUGGGGAUUAAUGUUCUUUCUUCUGAGUCUGUAAGCUUUUGUUGACGGGCUUUUGGGGAGAUCGGCGUGAGGGGGUCGAGAGAGGACGCAAUGCUCUAAGCUGGGCGAGGAUCGGACCCCAAAGGGGGGUCCGAGGCCGGGAGAUUCUCCGGGGCGGGGGGGGGGAAUGAAGCUAGAUGUGCUUGGUUGACCACUCGGAGGGUCCUGAGCUGUUUGGAGAGUCGAGGAGUUCGGAGGGUCCUGAGCUGCGAGUCGAGGAGUUCGGAGGGUCCUGAGCUGCGAGUCGAGGAGUUCGGAGGGUCCUGAGCUGCGAGUCGAGGAGUUCGGAGGGGAUCGAAUGGUGGCCAGAAGACUUCAGUAAUUGAGCUCCAACGGCUGUGCACGAAGUGGUUUGGACUUUGAUAAGUUUGGCGCCUUUUCUUUAAUUUUCUCUUCAUAUAUACUGUAUCGUUAUUAAUCACUUAGUUAUAGUAACCUUUAUAAAUUAUACUCAUUUAAUCGCAUAUGGUGUACUGUCUGUUUGUGGGCGAGGUGGGGACAUCACACAGCAUCCACACCAGCUGAUCACCCAGUUUGGCGGGGCCGAAGGCUGCUCCCCUAGACGAAACGAGCUGAGCCAGCCUGAGUCGACCCAGGGGGUUACAUUGUGGGUGCUCGUCCGGGAUUGAUUUCUGUGGAAGCUGUGUGAUCACCCUCUUUAAAUUGUGUCUGCGGCGAAGAGCUGGUGUGCCUUUGUGGGUGUGCGAUUGCUGGUUAUCGCUGCGUGUGUGUUGGGUGGGGUGGCUGCUGUUGCUAGCCUGGAGGUCGUUGUUCGAGUUCCGACUAGUGCUGACGAAAUGGUGGUGGGACCAUGGGUUGUCCGUACUGUUUGGAGAGUGAGGAGUGACAGGUUGGGAUGUUUCAGCAGUGGUGAGCUCCGCCCGGUUAUUGGAAUAAUGUCCAGCCCUAAAGGGGCAGAAGCGUGGGCGGAGCGGACUUCUCAGUUAUUGGGUGAGUGGCAGUACUUGGCUGAGGAAAAGCGACAGGGACGGGUUGAAAGUUUGAGUAGGCGGGCUGGUGACUUUGUUAGAACUGUCAGGCGCAAUUACCUCGAAGUGACCGCUGCCAGUUCUGGGAAAGUGUGGGAAAAUGCGUGUGGUUCGACUGGAAGUCAAAUGCCGCAGCUGGGGGGCUUAUCAUACCCGUGGCAGGAGAUUGGUGGGAAGUUUUUAGGGUAUCCUUUUUUGCCUAGGGGGGCAGAUAAAUUGCUUGUGGUGCCAAGGGGAUCUGUCAAGGGGAUCAGUUGUUCCGUUGAUUCGAGAGGUGUCGGGAAACUUAGAGGAGGCCCAGUGGGGGAACGGCUUGGGGUCUCUGGGGGAGCACGUUCCCAGCAAUGUACCAAGGAACUCCCGAAAGGAACAGACUCUAUUCCUGAAGGCUUAGAGGGGCCACGCGCACAGGUAUUGUUACGGAUGGAUGGAAGUCAAGUUAAAGCCAUCCUCGGCACCGGGGCGCCGGUUAAGUUGCUGUACAGUUUGUUUCAUAACCGUUAUUGGAAGCAUUUACCCUUGACGACAUUGAGGACACUGGAGAUUCGGGGUACCAGUGCCGGUGAUUAUCCAGACGACAGUUGUUGGUCAGUGAAAAUGGAGUUCUUAGAGGCAAAUGUGGAGGAGACUGAGGUUCAUGAAUCGUUAAUGCUGAUGUGUCCGGACCCUGUUGAGACCGGCAGCGUUUCUGUUCUAGAGAGAACCAAUAUCCUGCUGGUGCGCUUGGGGGCCUGCCCGGAGGAGGCGGGUGAGCGUUGCUUGGAGGCAUUGUCGAUGCACCCAGAGUUUCGAGCUGCUUGUGCGGACGUGUGUAGCAGCAUUGGGCUGAUACCGAAUUCAAACAAGAGCCAGUGGUGGUACGGCCUGGGGGAAGAAUCUGAGGGUGAGACCCUCUUAGUGGAUGCUGCGAAAUACCACGAGAGAGGGGAGUUGACUGCUGAAGACACCUCGGAGAGAGAGAGGUUGCGGCGACUGGCCCCUGAAGCCGUGGAAGACGUAGGCAGCGUGUGUGUGGAUUGUAUUGCGUUGAAGAGGCGCACUGUCAGUGACCAGAAUAUGGCCCUGAGGGCCGGAGAGGCGAUGGCCUGUCUGAAUGGUGCGAUGUGGUUUAAGGUGCUCGAUCUGAGGAGUGGAUGUUGCCAGAUCCCGAUGAGUGGGGCCGACAAGGACAAGACGGCCAUUAUAAAUUCCCUAGGAGUCUUCGGGUCCGAAAAGAUGCCACAGGGCAUAUCUGGAGCCCUUGCAACCUUCCUGCGGGGCAGAUGGAAGACCAAAGGGGAUAUGGAGGCAUUUGGAGUUUUGGUGUAUGUGGAUGAUCUCUUGGUAUUUGGAUUUGCCUCAGGAGAAUAUGAAGUGAGGUCGUUGCAGGAGCAGCUGAGAACUACCGAGUUAAAGUGUUUUCUGGACACGUGCCAGGGCUGGCGAAGGUCGCAGCUCGUGAGUGACUGUCUCUACGGAAUCAAGUUUGAAAUGAAGACAGAGAGACUGGAGAAAGCGAUCUGGAACCAGUCAGAAGACUUACAAGUUGGAGAGAAUGAAGAAAGUUGUCUGACUGAGGGUAAUAGCAAACUGAGAACCCGGAGAGGGGAGUUUGCGGAGGUGAAGAAAUUACAGACGAAUCUCAGAAGAGAGAAGCGGAAGCUUGAAGGGAACCUGAAGAUGACCAUCGACAGUUCAAAUGAAGUGCAAAACCUGAAAGUUGAUCUGGAAGAAGUCAUGAGGAAGAAAAAUCUGGAGAGAAGUGCAGGCUGAAGAGACUGCGGGAGCAGUGCAGGCCACGUGUUUCCGUUUGGAGAAGAUCAAACAGCAGCUACCGAUCACAGGAAUGAGGAAGAAUACAGAUUCGAUGGAUGAUGUGCUGGAUGUGUGGUACAUGCUGCCUUUUGCUGACUUUCCCUCGAUUGGGAAGAGACCUUUGGCCCUUCUCCCAUUGAGUCAGGUGUAGCGGGGAGGGUUAGCUGUGUGCAGUGUGGGGCAUGAGUGAGAGGUUGAGAGAGGAGUUGGUAGUGGGCCCAAGGUAUCCCCAGUUGUGUCCGAGCCUGAAGGGUUUAGGUGAGGGGGUACGGAGGCCUCAGAAGGGUUAGGGAACUCCCAGAUAGUUGGCCUAAGUAGCGCCUGAGGAUCAGGGCGUGAGGGUUACUGUGUGGGGAGGAGAUGUCACUGUUUGUGCUUGGGUUACGGUGUGUUGGCAGGAAAGGUGGCGAGUUAUUUAGUAGUCAUGAGGACAUGACUUUUAUUUGGUGGAGGGAGAGUGUAAAGGGGGUUUCUUCUUUUUUCUUUGUUACUGUUGGGAAAGGGUUUCUUUUUGUUAACUAGCAGGAAUGCUAAUUUACUGAUAACGAGAAUGGUAUUCCUUUGUAAACCAAAUGGGGAUUAAUGUUCUUUCUUCUGAGUCUGUAAGCUUUUGUUGACGGGCUUUUGGGGAGAUCGGCGCGAGGGGGUCGAGAGAGAGGACGCAAUGCUCUAAGCUGGGCGAGGAUCGGACCCCAAAGGGGGGUCCGAGGCCGGGAGAUUCUCCGAGGGGGGGGAUGAAGCUAGAUGUGCUUGGUUGACCACUCGGAGGGUCCUGAGCUGUUUGGAGAGUCGAGGAGUUCGGAGGGUCCUGAGCUGUGAGUUGAGGUGUUCGGAGGGUCCUGAGCUGCGAGUUGAGGAGUUCGGAGGGUCCUGAGCUGCGAGUCGAGGAGUUCGGAGGGUCCUGAGCUGCGAGUCAAGGAGUUCGGAGGGGAUCGAAUGGUGGCCAGAAGACUUCAGUAAUUGAGCUCCAACGGCUGUGCACGAAGUGGUUUGGACUUUGAUAAGUUUGGCGCCUUUUCUUUAAUUUUCUCUUCAUAUAUACUGUAUUGUUAUUAAUCACUUAGUUAUAGUAACCUUUAUAAAUUGUACUCAUUUAAUCGCA